AUGAGACUCAUUGUUCGCGAUACCAGCACGGAGACGGCCGAAUAUGUCGCCGGCUAUAUCCUCCAGCGCAUCAAGGAAUAUGAUCCAACCCCCGAACGUCCAUUCGUUCUGGGCUUGCCAACCGGUGGCAGCCCUACCGAGGUCUACAGGCUUCUUGCCGCGAGCUACAAGGCUGGCGAGGUUUCAUUUGAGAAUGUGGUCACCUUCAACAUGGACGAGUACGUCGGGAUACCACGAGACCAUCCGCAAACAUACCAUUCCUUUAUGUGGACUCACUUCUUCUCUCACGUCAACGUCCGCCCUGAGAACGUGCACAUACUCGAUGGAAAUGCCCCCGAUCUCGAGGCCGAAUGUGCGAGGUUCGAGGAUCUUAUCCAGGAAGCAGGAGGCAUUGACCUGUUCCUCGCUGGCAUCGGUGAGGACGGUCACAUCGCCUUUAAUGAACCUGGAUCCAGUCUUGCAAGUCGAACCCGGGUUAAGACGCUAGCAUAUGAUACGAUACUUGCAAACUCUCGUUUUUUUGGCAACGAUGUGAACCAAGUGCCUCGAAUGGCGCUCACGGUCGGUGUUCAAACCGUCCUAGACGCCCGAGAGGUGGUCACGUUGGCUCUUGGCGCGCGCAAGGCCGUCGCCCUCCAGAAGUGCAUCGAGGGAGGAGUGAACCACAUGUGGACGCUGUCGGGUCUUCAGCUACACCGACACUCGAUGAUUGUGGCCGACGAGGAUGCAACACUCGAGUUGCAAGUCAAGACGGUUAAAUACUUCAAGUCCAUCGAACAGAUCGCCCGCCAGCAAGGCUUUGAGCAGGGCCUGCCGAGAGGUCUCUGCAAAGGAAAGGGGGUCAACGGAGUCCAUGCCAAUGGCUCCGUUGUGGUGAAUGGGGUUCACUCUCCGGUCGCCCUGAAGCCAGCGAACAUCGAUGCUUACUUGCUUCGGGCUAAUAGUCCUGUUCUUGCUCAGCCUACAUCCAGAUCAGUCACACCGGAGCCCACCCUAGACAGUAUGGGGUCUCGUGUCGCCCGAACGUGA